AUGGCUGUUUAUGCUUCCUCUCUUCCUUCCUUGAUCAAGUCGUUCCAAUGGACGACCGUUGGUAAACCCUCUGAGAUCCUCACAUUCAACGAGGCUGCGCCUUUACCUCACGUUUCCGGGUCCAACAUUCUCGUCAAAGUCCACGCUACUGCCCUCAAUCCUGUCGAUUGGAAAUUGAUGAAAGGCGGCUUGCCGCAGCUACUCAUGCCUAAGCUCAAAGUUCCGUGUUUGGAUAUCUCUGGUGAAGUCGUAGCAAUUGGUCCCAAGGCGGGCAAAAUAGUUCAAGUGGGAGAUGAAGUCAUGGCUAUGCUACUUUUUAGUCAGUCCGGAGGGCUGACAGAAUACACGCUAGUAGAUGAAUCACUUGUGGUAAAAAAACCUCAGCGAUGGUCAUUCGAGCAGGCAGCUGCAUGGCCUUUGGUCGCAACCACUGUUUGGGAAGCACUUGUCAUUCGUGGCAGCAUCAAAAAAGGCGAUAAAGUUUUGAUCAACGGCGCAAGCGGAGGCACAGGCACAGUAGGAGUGCAGGUGGCCAAGGCACUUGGUGCGUAUAUUGUGGGUGUUUGUUCAACCGCAAAUGUAAAGAUGGUCAAGGAUCUUGGAGCAGAUGAGGUUGUUGAUUACACCACGACAAAUGUUACAGAAAAGUACACUAAUCAGGACUUCGAUAUCAUUUUUGACACUGUUGGUUCUGCGGAAGAGUUAUGGGCCAAGAGGCGUACUAUUCUAAAGCCAGCUGGCAAUUUAAUCCGUAUUGUUGGUGACUCCAACUCCAUGAAUACACCGUUCCAUCUCCUCUAUGCUGGUGCUCGAGUUGCAGCGAACAAACUGACAUCCUUCUUGCAGUCUGGCCCUGGAUAUCACUUGUUUACGACUUAUCCGAACGGUGCAGUCCUUACAAAAGUUAUCAAAGUCCUGGAGGAUGCAAAAGCCGACCCUAUCAUUGAUUCGGUGAAUGAGUUUACACUACCUUCUGUCCUUGCAGCCUUCGAUAAGAGUCAGUCCUCCAGAGCCAAGGGAAAAAUUAUUAUCAAGAUCGCUUAG